AUGACUAAAGAUUCAGGCGGAUCAGGGGUUGGGGUGAAGACGGCCAAUCGGAUUAUUAAUUGUGUAGCGCAAUUGCCAUGUAGGAUUCAGGCCAAGCAGGGUGGAGAUCGGGGGUUGUGGUGUGAGAUAGAGCCGAUCACAGGGAAUUCGGCGUUGUAUGCUUCUUUGGAAUACAUGAGUGACAAGGCUGAGUGGGAGCAGCAUGUUGUUGGGUGGACUGGGGAGAUCAGUAGUAGUGAUGGUGCUUCUGAGGAUCCGAUGUAUUUGACGCAGGAGGAGAAGAAGGAGAUUGCGCAGAUGAUCCAACAGCGGGAGGAUUCUAUUCAUUCUUUGACGGUUCAUCCUGUUUGGUUGCUGCGCAGGAACCAGCACCGGUGGAGGGAAUAUGCGGAGAACGUUUUGUGGCCGGCGUUUCAUUAUAUUCUGAAUCCGCCGUCGGAUGGGCAGCAGGAGAACACAUGGUGGUAUGAUUACGUGAAGUUCAAUGAAGCGUAUGCGAUGAAGGUUGCGCAGAUAUAUCGUCCUGGGGAUAUUAUUUGGGUGCAUGAUUAUUACUUGAUGCUGUUGCCGCAGCUGUUGAGGAUGAGGUUUACUGAUGCGGUGAUUGGGUAUUUCCAUCAUGCGCCGUGGCCUAGUAAUGAGUAUUUUAGGUGUUUGCCGAAGCGGAAGGAGUUGCUGGAUGGGUUGUUAGGGGCGGAUAGGGUUUGUUUCCAGAAUGAGGGGUUUUCCAGACACUUUGUUUCGGGAUGUAAGCGGUUGUUGGACGCGGCAGCUGAGAAGAAGAAGUCGGCAAAUGGAUCGGAUGCUUAUGUGAUUGGUGCUUACGGUGGGGAUGUUCUUGUGGACUCUUUGCCGAUUGGAGUUGAUACUGAGAAGAUUUUGAAGGAGGCCUUCACGGAGGAUGUGGACAGCAAAGUGAACCAGAUCCGCAGUGCUUAUGAGGGCAAGAAGAUUAUAAUCGGCAGGGACCGGCUAAAUGGUGUGCGUGGGGUUAUUCAAAAAAUGCAAGCGUUUGAGAAUUUUUUAGCGAUGUUCCCAGAGUGGAGGGAUAAGGUCGUUUUAAUCCAGGUUAGUAGUCCAGCGUCUACGGAUAAGGACCACCGGUUGGAAGCACAGGUGAAUGAACUUGUGAAUUCCAUUAAUGCACAGUAUGGUGAUUUGAAUUUUAAUCCUGUCCAGCAUUACCAUAUGCGGAUCCCAAAAGAUGUUUAUUUUUCUUUGUUGCGUGCCGCUGACCUAUGUUUGAUCACUUCCGUCAGGGACGGUAUGAAUACAACGGCGUUAGAGUUUGUUACUAUUAAAUCGAAGACUUCCAGAAAUGACUGUUAUGCAAGUCCUCUUCUGUUGAGUGAAUUUUCUGGUAGCAGUACUAUUCUAAGCGACGCCAUGAUCAUCAACCCUUGGGACUCCAUUGCCGUAGCAAAAGCCAUCAAUGAAGCGUUAUCUUUAACCGCUGAACAAAAAAUUAAGUUGGAGAGCUCUCUUUGGAAGAACGUCUCAACGGUUCAGGACUGGACAAAUACCUACCUCAAUGAAAUGGCACGCUUGCGUGAUGAAAAGGCUAGUACAGAUAAUGUGAACAAGAUCACUCCGGCUUUGAACAGACCGCUGUUAUUCCAGAACUACAAAAAAGCCGAACGCCGUUUGUUCUUGUUUGACUAUGAUGGCACCUUGACGCCAAUUGUUCAAGACCCAGCUGCAGCAAUUCCAAGUGCUCGCUUGAUCUCUACCCUGACUAAACUUUCAUCUGACCCCAAAAAUCAAAUUUGGAUUAUUUCUGGUCGUGAUCAGAAGUUUUUAUCUCGUUGGCUCGGAGAGCGCCUACCGCAGCUUGGGCUAAGUGCGGAACACGGCUGUUUUAUGAAAGACGUAUCUAGUCAGAAGUGGCUCAACUUGGCUUCCAAGUUUGAUAUGUCUUGGCAGAUCAAAGUAGCAGAAAUUAUGGACGAGUUCACAGACAAGACUCCUGGAUCUUUCAUUGAGCGGAAAAAAGUGGCAUUAACUUGGCAUUAUAGAAGAGCAGUUCCCGAACUAGGGGAGUUCAAUGCUGUGGAGUUGAAGCGAAUGUUAGAAGAGAUUGCCCAUGGCUUGGGUUUAGAAGUUAUGGAGGGCAAAGCUAAUGUCGAAGUCCGUCCAAAAUUUGUUAACAAAGGUGAAAUUGUUAAGCGGCUAGUUUGCCAUCCUCAUGGUGGGAAUCAAGUAUUAGAAGAUGAAUUUAAGAUCGAUGAGAAUGUUCCCAAGAAUAAACUUCCAGAUUUCUUGCUAUGUCUUGGUGAUGACUUUACUGAUGAAGACAUGUUUAGACAAUUAAAUGAUAUUGAAGACAAGUGGGCUGUGAAGUUUCCUAAUGAAAGAAAUGAAUGGGGCCAUUAUGGUAUUUACCCUGUUACCGUUGGAUCCGCAUCUAAAAAAACCAUUGCAAAGACGCAUUUGACUGAUCCACAGCAAGUUCUGGACACAUUAGGUCUGCUAGUUGGGGACGUCUCUUUAUUCCAAAGUGCAGGAACAGUUGACUUGGAUGACAGAGGACAUGUCAAGAAUAGUGAGAGCAGUAUGAGAUCUGAACUUGCCAGUGCCGCAUACGCAAUGAAGAGGAGUAGUUCUUUUAAGAAUGCUGAAAAACUGUGA